UGUUGUUUCUGUUCAAGCUAACUUUAGUUAUCGCUCCGCGAUGUCAGGGCACGGGCACGGUCACGGACACGGUCACGGGUGCGAGGGGGAGCACGAGCCAGCCGAAAGGGGUCUGGAGUACGGACUGUACCGGAGGAUAGACCUGGAGAAGCUGCAGUGCCUGAACGAGAGUAGAGACGGGGAUGGGAAGCUAGUGUUCAAACCAUGGGAUCAGCGGAACGAGCGGGACAAGUAUGUUGAGAGUGACGCAGAUGAAGAGCUUCUGUUCAACAUCCCUUUUACAGGCAGCGUGAAACUGAAAGGCAUCAUCAUCUCUGGCGAAAAUGACGACUCUCAUCCAGCUGAGAUCCGACUGUACAAGAACAUCCCUCACAUGUCCUUCGACGCCACCGGCAGAGAACCCGAGCAGGCCUUCAGACUCAACCGAGAUCCUGUCGCUGAGCUGGAGUACCCCACAAAGAUCGCUCGUUUUUCCAACGUGCAGCACCUCUCCAUCCACAUCUCGAAGAACUUUGGAGCAGAGAGUACCAGGGUCUACUACAUCGGCCUAAGGGGAGAGUACUCUGAGGCUCAUAGACAUGAAGUGACGAUCUGUAACUACGAGGCAUCAGCCAACCCUGCAGAUCACAAAGUGGAGAGCGUCUUUCCACAAACCAACUUCAUUUCCUGAAAAAGCUCCAGAGCGUUGGAAUGAAAAGAGACGUGAAGAGAGGUUUCUGCUGGCGGUCGAUGAUGCAAAAAGAGUUCAACGCUGCCUAGCGGCAGGCUGCUUGAGCCUGGACCGGUGACUGGAACGCUGCACUCUGAAGACCAGAGAGCUCCAUAUGUGUCUGCAAGUGCCAUGUUGUUGCUCUGUUUUCUAUAGCAAUACAUAGUGAAGGCUUAAUAUUGGCAACACUUAAAAAAAACACGUAAUAAUUGGAUGGAUCACUUGAUAGUUGGAUAAAGUCUGUUUAACCUACAUACUCUGAUUCAUGUCUAAAGGUGUCCACCACUUUGAAUAAAACACAAGGC